UCAAAUCGGACAUAAACAUGUGUCGGACCAGUAGACCCAGCAAAUAAACAGUACAUUUCUGUACAGCUAAAAUAACACACAUUUAGACUGUUCUCUGGUGAAGAGGCGUUUAAGAAUUGUUUGCGCUGAUGUUAUGAAAAUAGUUGCAUUAUCUCUGCGGCGGACGAGCUGAUUUUGUACUCUGAGAGGAUGUUUGCGAGACCGUUUCGUGUCAAAUCCAACACCGCAAUCAAAGGAUCAGACAGGAGAAAGCUCAAAGCUGACAUAUCAGCUGCUUUCCCUGCAUUGCCUGCUGAUGAGCUGUCUGAGCUGAUCCCCAACAAAGAGGAAUUAAAUGUAGUCAAGAUUUAUGCACACAAGGGAGAGUCUGUGACUCUUUAUGUUCUUCAUAAAAACCCGCUCUUCUUUGAACUGGAAAAACGGCUUUAUCCAACAGUGUAUGUGCUUUGGCGAUACCCUGCUCUCCUGCCAGCAUUCAGAACAUGGCCCCCAGUGCUUCAGAAGUUGAUUGGAGGGGCAGAUCUCAUGCUGCCAGGUGUGGUGGUGUCGUCAAGUGGUCUCCCAGAUGUAAAGCAGGGUGACUGCUGUGCUGUAACAGUCGUGAGCAAUAGAGCUCCCGUUGCAGUUGGCACUGCUGCCUUGUCGAGUUCAGAGAUGCAGAGCGUUGGUAUGAAAGGCAGAGGAGUGUGUGUUCUCCACACAUACAUGGAUAGUCUCUGGGCAUUUGGGGACAAGUCAGGUCCUCCUUCUUUAUUGCACACAGAGAGCAAAGGACAAGGGUUGAAUGGAGAGGAAUGUGAGGUCGACAGUGAACUGGAGGGAGAGGAGGAGAAGUGUAUGGAGGAGGAGGAGGAGGAGGAGCAGCACCAGCAGCAGAGUUCCGAUGAAACAGUCACUGAUCAAGCCUGUUCUGGUGUUGGGGAACUGAGUCUGGCUAAGGAGGAGGGAGAGAAAGGUGAAAAGGACAACGAAGAAGAGGAGGGGACUGAGGAUGAUCAGAAAAUGCCACAAGAGAUAAUGGACGCCCUGCUAUUGCAGUGUUUCCUCCAUGCUCUCAAGAGCAAGGUGAAGAAGUCAGAGCUCCCUCUGCUGACCAGUACAUUUCUUCGCAACCAUAUGUUCUCCUGCUGCCCAAGUGGGAAGCAGCUUGAUAUCAAGAAAUCAAGCUAUAAGAAGCUUUCCAAGUUUUUACAGGCCAUGCAGCAGAAGCAUAACCUUGUGCGGGUAAAAGAACUGACCAAGGGUGUGGAGAGCAUUGUGGAAGUGGACUGGAAAAAUCGAGAACUGCGCUCCUUCAGCGUUCCUGAGGAGACAGAUGUGGAAGCAGCUCCCGCGCAGGAUGGAGGAGAGGGUGAAACACUGUACCAUCCUCCUGAGAUCACGACUCUUUACUCUGUGUCCGCUCGACUGGAGCCUCUCUUUCUGGAUGCAAAGAAGAGAAAAGGGACAAUCCUACAGCCUGCUGAAGUGAGGAACAUUGUCACGGAGUAUGUGAAGCAGAAUGAAUUGGUGGAUGAAAAUAAUAAGAAUUACGUAACCAUAAACCCAACUCUGUGCGACUGCCUGUUGGAGAAAUCUGAGUACCAGGAGAUAGAUUCUCUCAAGUGGGAUGACCUCUUUAGCAGGACUUUGGGAAGAAUGCAGGAGUGCUAUGAAGUUGUAUUCCCUGGAAAAGCACCCAUGAGAAAGAAGGGCCACAUUGAGCCCAUUGACAUCUCUGUGGCUUCUCGCGGCUCCAAUAAGAAGGUUACUGUAAUAAAGAACCUGGAACUUUACGGUUUGGAUCCUGCAGUUGUGGCCACUGCUCUGCAACACCGAGUUCAGGCCAGCUCUGUCUUGCAGUCAAUCCCUGGAGCCAAAGACAAAGUCCUGGUGCAGAUCCAAGGGAACCAGAUCCAUCAAGUCGGCAAUUUCCUGCUAGAUCAUUAUCAAAUUCCUCGUAAGUACAUCCAAGGACUAGACAAAGCUCCUAAAGGUGGCAAGAAAAAAUAACAUUUCUGUAAUACCAACAAUUUGCUGUCCAAAAAGCUGCUUUACUUUAGGUAAACACAAUAAAAACAGUUUGUGUAAUAAA